AUGGCGUUCCGUCGCUCCCACCGAAAAUCCCGCCACGGGUGUCUCAACUGCAAAAGGAGACGAGUAAAAUGUGACGAGAAGCGACCAGCAUGCGCGAACUGCGAGCAGCGACACAGUACAUGUGUCUACAGCUCUGCUGGCCCAUUCGCAUUUGCAGAUGACUCGCAACGAUCAUCUCGAAGACCUCGGGACCAAAACCGAGACCGGCCGACUGGCUCCGGCUCCGACGUCUCGAAUGUCCGGGACCAUUUGGAUUCCGCGACGAGCAGUUCCAGCUCGCCUGAACUGAAUAUGCAGCAGAUUGAGCUUGUAAUGCAGUGGGUUAAUCAGACCCAUCGACUAUUUGCUCGCAACGAGGAAACGAGGAAGGUCUGGGAAAUGCCUGUGCUGCAAGAAGCGCUGCAAGCCCCUUUCCUUAUGCAUGGAAUUCUGGCCCUCUCUGCGCUUCAUAUUUCGCACUUAAAAAAUGAUGGGGUACACUCUGAGUGGUUGAAUACCGCGAUCGCACACAAGAAUACUGCUCUAGCAAUGUUCUCGGAACAGUUGUCUAACAUCAGUCAAGCCAACGCGAAGGCUAUGAUGAGCUUUGCCGGGCUGGCGGUUGCUUUUAGCCUCGCUAGUACACUCAAUCUCGAAAAGUCAGGUGAUGGGCCCAGCUUAGGGGCUUUGACGGAUAUUUUUACCCUUUCGCGCGGUGUGCGAAUUGUCGUCAAUGCCGAAGCGGAAUUUCUGACGCAGAGUAAUUUCGCACCGCUGUUUGAUGUUACUCCGCCCGACGUGACUAUUCCAGACUCGUUCCUUGACGCAUUCAGUCGUCUCGAUGAGUUGGUCGUUGAGUGUCUCGGACAACCAUCGGGCGACCAGAAACGACCCUACCAAAGAGUGAUUUCACACCUGCGAGACCUCGCUCCAUUCACGUUUGCCGAGCCGACAUCAUUGACGGUGGUUGCUGGUUGGGCUAUCAGAGCUCCGGCCGAAUAUCUCGAGGAUUUGAGAAAUAAUAACCCGCUGGCCUUGGUCGUGCUUGCCCAUUUUUGCGUGUUCCUGCAUUUAGCGCGAGAGAAUUGGUGUGUGGGGUCUUGGGGGCAGAUCGUCCUGACACAGAUUUCGCAGGCCUUGGCUCCAGACUGGCAACGGCAUAUAGAUUGGGCUCUAGGGCAGGUCUCUACAUGA